AUGUCGGGAAAGUUUAGUGAACUUAAAGAAAAGCAAGAGUUUUCUUAUUUCAUCUCCACACCUCAUGAAGAUUGGGACGCGCUUGAAUAUCAUCGGGAAUGGCAGGCAAAGAAAUAUGAAAUGAGCAAGACCAAAGUUAAGAUAGCAAUCACCCGACAACUUGAUGGUGAUGGAAUACGUUCCGCUGGGAUUUUGGCUAGCUACUGGAUUAUGGUCCUGAGUGGUGAUGGAAUACGUUCCAAUGAUUCAAAUCCUGGCGGACGUAUCCAAGAUUUUUGGGCGAGUAUUUUUGCAGAUAAAAAAGCGGAAUUUAAAAAGAAAGUAGUUGCUGCAAAAGUUCGUGAAAUACAGUCGGAUAAAUGCUUGAUCAUGAAUAAGAGGUCUCUUGAUGUCUUGAAAGAGACGGUAGUAGAAUAUAAGGAAGCAUCAGUAAUAUUGGCUGACUUUACUCGUGACGGACAGGAUGAAAAUCCAUUCAUUGAGGAAGAGGAGAAUGAUAUCAUAAUUGAUGAUGUUCCAUGUGAAUUUUCUUUCAAAAAUGGAGAUCCAGCGAAUGAUUUACACAUGGGAGAGACUUAUGUGUCUCUACUUUUUAGAAAUUAUCAGAAGCAGUCACUAAAUAUUGCAAGGGACAAGGGUUUAUUUGUGGAAUCAAAUGUACAGGAAAUAUUAUCGUUAUCGUCAAUUUUAUUACUUGCCUCGAAUUCCUAUUCCAAUACAAUGACUGAUCACUUCGGAUUGUCCUUGCUUGAUGAAAUCCAUCAAAAAUUUAAAUCAGAGCAACAAAUAAUACUAGAUUUGAGUUCCGAAACAACAUUCCGAAAAGCAGUUAAAAUGACUUUAAGUGAAUCACGUGAUGAUGCUAUUAUCUGGUUAUGUGAAAACUUGAAAGUGAGCGAUCUUUGA